UACCAGGCCCGGGGGGGGACCGGCUGUGCGGGCGGACCGGCCGCCAUGGCGUCGCCCUCGGUGGCGGCCGGCAGCGGCGGUGAGGGGAGCUCGGGCUCGGGCUCGGGGGGCGCGGAGCCGCCCGGCCGCCACCUGCCCGCCCUCUUCGAGCAGGCGGCCGAGCGGCUGCCCGGCCUGCUGGGCGCCGCCAGCAAGGAGCAGCUGCUGUACCUGUACGCCCGCUACAAGCAGACAACAGAGAAGAGGGGAAAAGAAAGCAAAACUGCAUUUGGAGGCCCAGUUGUCAGCUCGUUAUAUCAAGAAGAAACAAUCAGGGAAGAGGACAAGAACAUUUUUGACUACUGCAGAGAAAACAACAUUGACUAUGUAACCAAAGCCAUUCGAUCAAAAAAAGUGGACGUGAACGUUGCAGAUGAGGAGGGCAGGGCUCUGCUCCACUGGGCGUGCGACAGAGGACACAAGGAGCUCGUUUCAGUACUGUUACAGCACGCUGCCGACGUUAACAGCCAGGAAAUGGUCCCAAGGAUCGUAAACCGGGAGGGGAGUUUUCGGAGUACAGCGCGGAGCUGUGCUGGGUGGUGGAUGAUAAAACGAAAGAGCAGCUUGGUGCACAAAGGGCCUUAUAAAAUAAAAAAAAAAAAAGGUAAAUUAGCGACUGACACAACUCACAGAGGCUGUGUAAAGGCCUUUAGAUGUCACAGCCCUUGGAGGCGAAGAGGCAGGAGCCUCUUACGUCGACUCAGGCCGCAGCUUCUCCCUGGCAGCGGUCCACUUGGGGCAGGAUCCAGGCUCUGAUGCCUUCCCCCUCUGGCAGACGGCUGCGAGUGCGCGAACGCCCUCUCUAAUUCCAGAUUAGCCACAGAGAGCAGCAGUCGGGCUUAAGGAGCAGGCGUGCUCGGGAGGAAGGGCUUGUCUGGAGGCUGCGGGGCACGGCACUGUCCUGAGAUGCUUCGGGAUGUCUGGGCCAGGUCCCUGGUACCACGUUUGCUCUAAAGGAGCAGAAAAAAAAUGCCUGUUGGGCUGGGGGCUGGGGGCCACUGUAAUUCGGCUGCCCAUUUACCCCAGCCUUCCCCAGGGCAUAAUUUAGUAAAAUCCAGAGCUCAUUUAGUGUGUUUUUAUAACACCAAAACCAUGGUUCAGACCAUCCGAACAUGGAAAGUUUUGAUUUUGCACACCAAGCUGAACAAGGUUUAUGAGACCAAAACAGAGUCUCCAGAUUCUUUAUCCUCACCAGUUUAAAAGCGAAAAAAAAAAAAAAAAAAAGAAAAGGAACUGGGACGUCCCUUAGGCCACAAACAGCA